GUUUUGAUGAAUAAUACUUGGUGGGGCGAGGGGGUAAAAGUAAGGGUGGAGAGGUAGGAGGAUUUACUCUUCCAGCGAGAGGCAUCGCGAGUUCUGUCCUCCCCCUCCCCCUGCUCGGGCUCCGGCGUGGAGGCGGGGCGUGGCCGGCCUGCUUUGGGAGGGGAGGGGCUUUCCUCCUCAGUGCUGGGCUGUGUCUGGGUGGUUCUGGGGUCGCCUUACCUCGGGGCACCCACUCUGCAGUCGAACAGUUCCCGCCAGGGGCGAAAGGUAGGAAGGAUAGCAGGAUCUGCUGGAGAAAACGCAGCUGCCGCGCCACCACCACGAAGACCUAGCAAGCUCGGAGCACGAGACGAGCUGGAGACUGGGAUCCCUAGUGUGGACAACCUAGGAAGCAGAGGGUAGUAAGUGGCGCCUUAAGAUAACCUUGUAGCAGCAGCAGUGGCGGCCAAAGAAGGCUGCUCAGGCAAAAGCAGCUGUAGGAGGCUCUGAGGCGAUUGGAGUGACUAAAGCCAAGGCAGUUCAGUGCCUCUCGUGUUCUUAUUUUUUAACCUCUGACUAUGCAAUUCUGAAACCUCCCCCAUUCGGGGGACCAGACAGCUCGAUAGACACUUUCCACUCUCCUCUCCUCCCGCCCUGCUCUCGAGAACAGAAGGAUCUUUCCCUAACGUCUUUCAUCAUUAAGAGGAAAGCGAUGGAGGAGCUGAGCGCUGAUGAGAUUCGACGGAGGCGCCUUGCACGACUUGCUGGUGGGCAGAGUUCCCAGCCCACCACCCCGCUCACCUCUCCCCAAAGGGAGAACCCUCCAGGACCUCCUAUAGCAGCGUCAGCCCCAGGCCCCUCCCAGAGUCUCGGUCUUAACGUCCACAACAUGACCCCAGCUACCUCCCCAAUAGGUGCAUCAGGAGUAGCCCAUCGAAGCCAGAGCAGUGAAGGAGUCAGUUCUCUCAGCAGCUCACCCUCUAAUAGCCUUGAAACACAAUCGCAGUCUCUGUCACGUUCCCAGAGCAUGGAUAUUGAUGGGGUCUCUUGUGAGAAAAGCAUGUCCCAGGUGGAUGUGGAUUCAGGAAUUGAAAAUAUGGAGGUUGAUGAAAGUGAUCGAAGAGAAAAGAGGAGCCUCAGCGAUAAGGAGCCUCCAUCGGGUUCUGAGGUGUCCGAAGAACAGGCCUUACAGCUGGUCUGUAAGAUCUUCCGUGUCUCGUGGAAGGACCGGGACAGAGAUGUCAUCUUUCUUUCUUCUCUUUCUGCACAAUUUAAGCAGAACCCAAAAGAAGUGUUCUCUGAUUUUAAGGACUUGAUUGGCCAGAUUUUAAUGGAAGUGCUAAUGAUGUCUACUCAGACUAGAGAUGAAAACCCAUUUGCCAGUCUGACAGCAACAUCACAGCCAAUUGCGGCAGCAGCUCGGUCACCAGACAGAAAUCUCCUGUUAAAUACUGGCUCCAAUCCAGGAACAAGCCCCAUGUUCUGCAACGUAGGUUCCUUCAGUGCCAGCUCUUUGUCUAGCCUCUUUGAAACUAGUCCUGCUCCCAUUGCCAGUUUGUGGAGCUCUGUGCCAAUGAUGAGUCCCUCUCUUGCCUCACCUUCCCGUGCAGCCACCCAGUUGGCUGUGCCUUCCAUUUCCCUCAGUCCUCAUAGUGCAGCUUCCGGAACUGCUGCAGGGAGCCAGCCCUACUCUCCACGGUAUCGCCCUUACACUGUCGCCCACCCUUCGGGUUCCUCAGCUUCUCCUACACUGCGGUCCUCAGGCGUCUCCGUUCUGUCUAGCUCAUCAAGCCUACACACCCUCGCUAGUAGCCCACAAGCAGUACCCGCCAACUCUUCCCAACAGAGACCCUCCACCAUGGGUCCACCUUUGCUUUCUGCCUCCCCCAGUGCCGUGAACAGACGUCCCUCCUCCCUAAGGAUUUCUCCUAGUUUGGGAGCCUCUGGUGGGGCGAGUAUUUGGGAUUCCUAUAGUGACCAUUUCACCAUUGAAACAUGCAAGGAGACAGAUAUGCUGAACUACCUCAUCGAGUGCUUUGACCGAGUUGGAAUAGAGGAAAAAAAAGCACCAAAGAUGUGCAGCCAGCCAGCCGUCAGCCAGCUUCUCAGCAACAUCCGCUCACAGUGCAUCUCCCAUACUGCAUUAGUACUACAAGGUUCCCUAACACAGCCAAGGUCCAUGCAGCAGCCGUCCUUCUUGGUGCCGUAUAUGCUGUGUAGGAAUCUCCCAUAUGGUUUCAUUCAAGAGCUAGUUAGAACAACGCACCAGGAUGAAGAAGUGUUCAAGCAGAUCUUUAUCCCCAUUUUACAAGGCCUGGCGCUUGCUGCCAAAGAGUGCUCCCUCGAUAGUGACUACUUUAAAUACCCCCUCAUGGCAUUAGGUGAACUCUGUGAAACCAAGUUUGGGAAGACACAUCCUAUGUGCAAUUUGGUUGCUUCUUUGCCAUUGUGGUUGCCUAAAUCCUUAAGCCCUGGCUCAGGGCGGGAGCUACAGAGACUGUCUUAUCUGGGAGCUUUUUUUAGCUUCUCUGUCUUUGCGGAAGAUGAUGCUAAAGUGGUUGAAAAAUAUUUCUCAGGGCCUGCCAUUACCCUGGAAAACACUCGUGUGGUUAGCCAAUCGCUACAGCAUUACUUGGAGUUGGGAAGGCAAGAGCUUUUCAAGAUUCUGCAUAGUAUUUUGUUAAACGGUGAGACCCGUGAGGCUGCUCUCGGUUACAUGGCAGCUGUCGUCAAUGCCAAUAUGAAGAAAGCACAGAUGCAGACAGAUGAUAGAUUGGUAUCUACAGAUGGAUUUAUGCUGAAUUUCCUUUGGGUGCUGCAGCAGCUAAGUACAAAAAUCAAAUUAGAGACGGUUGAUCCCACAUACAUAUUCCACCCAAGGUGUCGGAUCACCCUUCCAAAUGAUGAGACACGAGUGAAUGCAACUAUGGAGGAUGUGAACGACUGGCUGACUGAACUCUAUGGAGAUCAGCCUCCAUUUUCUGAGCCGAAAUUCCCUACAGAAUGCUUCUUCCUCACGCUGCACGCCCACCACCUCUCAAUUCUGCCGAGUUGCCGCCGCUAUAUCCGCAGACUCCGGGCCAUCAGGGAGCUCAACAGAACUGUGGAAGAUUUGAAGAAUAAUGAAAGCCAAUGGAAAGAUUCCCCACUGGCAACUAGACACCGUGAAAUGCUGAAACGCUGCAAGACUCAGCUUAAGAAACUGGUACGGUGCAAGGCCUGUGCUGAUGCUGGCUUACUUGACGAGAGCUUCCUGAGAAGAUGUCUGAAUUUCUAUGGACUUCUCAUUCAGCUCCUGCUCCGUAUCCUGGACCCUGCCUAUCCCGAUAUAACACUGCCUUUAAAUUCAGAUGUCCCCAAGGUAUUUGCAGCAUUGCCUGAAUUUUAUGUAGAAGAUGUUGCUGAAUUUUUAUUUUUUAUUGUACAAUACUCUCCUCAGGUGCUUUAUGAGCCCUGCACUCAGGAUAUUGUGAUGUUCCUUGUUGUGAUGUUGUGCAACCAGAACUACAUCCGAAAUCCGUAUCUGGUGGCCAAACUGGUAGAAGUCAUGUUUAUGACCAAUCCUGCUGUUCAGCCACGAACCCAGAAGUUUUUUGAAAUGAUUGAGAACCACCCGCUCUCUACCAAGUUGUUGGUACCGUCCCUAAUGAAAUUUUAUACAGAUGUUGAACACACCGGAGCCACCAGCGAGUUCUACGACAAGUUCACAAUUCGCUAUCACAUUAGCACCAUUUUCAAAAGCCUUUGGCAAAACAUAGCUCACCAUGGCACCUUUAUGGAAGAGUUCAAUUCUGGGAAGCAGUUUGUUCGCUAUAUAAACAUGUUGAUAAAUGACACGACGUUUUUGCUCGAUGAAAGCCUGGAGUCUCUGAAGCGGAUCCAUGAAGUGCAAGAAGAGAUGAAGAACAAAGAGCAGUGGGACCAGUUGCCCCGGGAUCAGCAGCAGGCCCGUCAGUCUCAGCUCGCUCAGGACGAACGUGUUUCACGCUCUUAUCUUGCCUUGGCAACAGAAACCGUGGACAUGUUCCAUAUCCUCACCAAGCAGGUCCAGAAGCCAUUCCUCAGACCAGAACUUGGACCCCGAUUGGCUGCAAUGCUGAACUUCAAUCUUCAGCAACUCUGUGGUCCCAAGUGCCGUGACCUGAAAGUUGAAAACCCUGAGAAAUAUGGCUUUGAACCAAAGAAGCUAUUGGACCAACUAACAGAUAUAUACUUACAGCUGGACUGUGCUCGGUUUGCUAAAGCCAUUGCUGAUGACCAGAGAUCCUACAGCAAGGAGUUGUUUGAAGAAGUGAUUUUGAAGAUGAGGAAGGCAGGGAUCAAGUCCACAAUAGCAAUAGAGAAGUUCAAGCUUCUCGCCGAGAAAGUGGAAGAGAUAGUAGCCAAGAAUGCACGUGCAGAAAUCGACUAUAGUGAUGCCCCUGACGAGUUCAGAGACCCUCUGAUGGACACCCUUAUGACUGACCCCGUGCGGCUGCCCUCUGGGACCAUCAUGGACCGCUCCAUCAUCCUGCGGCACUUACUCAACUCCCCCACAGACCCCUUCAACCGACAGACGUUGACAGAGAGCAUGCUGGAACCAGUGCCAGAACUGAAAGAGCAGAUUCACGCCUGGAUGAGAGAGAAACAGAACAGCGAUCAUUAAACCAUCCCCUUUCCCACCCCCUGCUUGAAACAGCCAAGGCCAGUGAGGCGAACAGAAGCAGCAUUGGUGGCAGAAAUGCUGUAAAAACGUUGGAGGCCAGAUGUGGCCAACGCACCGUAAGCCCACCCUGAGUGACCAAACGGUAGAGACCUGAAAGGACGUGAUGAGAAGAGGAGCCCAAUUCCUGUACAUAUAUUUAAGUGACAAACAUGGUCAAAAGCUUGAGGGACACAUGUUAUGAUUGCUUAUGUAACAAAGCACGUCCUCCCCAUGCCACCAUUUGAGGCUUUUGCAGCUGAAGUUUUAGAGCAAUGAUGAGCGGGCUGGGCAGCAUCUCCUUCAUCUGUUGUUGUUGUCGUUUUUUUUUAAAAAAAACAAACCGACAUCCGCUGAUUUGAUUGUGAUUAGAGAGCCUUGGACAUUUGCUGCUAAAUAAUCCCCUCGCCCCCCCUUCCCAGCCCUACUUGCACUGCUGUGGGUUUUUAAGAGAAGCAAAAACAAAACUAAACUCCUUUCCCUGGCCCUCCAAACAUAUUCUGUGAGAUAACUGUGCCUGCAACAAAGUGUUAAUCCUGGGAUCGUAUUUUUAUAUCAUAUUCACAUAUUUGUUUUUUUAAUUGGUGUUAGAUGACAUGAUUAAUAAAAAAGGCAAGAUAUUUUCAGAAUUUGAAUUUCAGUUUUUAUUUUUUUUUUCUUUGGUAAUAUCCCUCUUAAAUUUUUUAUUCUGAACAAAAUGAAGAGAAUCCUGCUGCUCCUUUCCUUCUAAUAAGCCCUUUAUUAGGAUUCUUAGAAACAGCUGCAGCAAAGGAAGUGUUUUAAGUAUAUCAGGACUUACAUGACUUCUGUUUUUUUUGGGGGGAAAGGGGUGGUUUUUUUAAUGCUACAUGACAGUUUAAACCUUUAUAGUUGUCCUAUGAGGGUAAAUAAAUUCCUCACUCUUGAGUCUAUGAGUUCAAGGCAGGGUCAUUUGUACGCCGUGUCCUUUGAGGCCUGGCCUUACCAAAGCAAAAAAGGGUGCAAGAAAUGUGGAAGUGUAUCUGUUUAUUUAAACAUACACAUGUGCCCGUGCACACUCACACACACACGCACACACCUUUUUGUAUUACUUCUCCCCAUUUAACAUACUUGAAUUCUUGGAUUUCCUUUGGGGUAAAAAAGGAUUUGAAACCAUCAAAGUGUUUUAAAGAAAUUAAGUCAACAAAACAUACUUUCUUUUUCUUUUCCUUUUUUCCCCCCUCUACAGACAAUGUCCUCUGUUCGAUUCCUAAUUCAAACUCCAAUAAAUGGUGAUACACAUUCAGAAG